AUGACUACCAGUUCAGUAGAGAUAAGCAGUCCGUCGGUCCAUUCUACCUGCUCUCCUCUUCCAGACACACGACGCUUCGCAGCGCUGGCACCACCUGCUCACGGACGGCAGAGUGCUCAUCACAGCGGGGGCCAUCCUCGUCUCCACGUCGGCCAUGGCCAUCCUGGAGCCUUGCCUCCCCAUAUGGCUAAUGGAUACCAUCAAGCCCCAGAAGUGGCAACUGGGGACGGUGUUUUUCCCUGACAGUCUCGGCUACCUGCUGGGCACAAAUUGCUUCGGGCUGUUUGCGUACCGCCUCGGACCGUGGAAAGUCGCCGUAGCUGCUCUAUUGCUGGUCGGAAUUUCGGCCUUGCUGAUCCCCACCGCAAGCGCCAUAUCCCAGCUGGUGAUCCCCCACUUCGGCCUGGGUCUUGGCAUUGGGGUGACGGACGCUGCGCUGGUGCCGUUCCUGGCGAAUCUCGUGGACACGCACCACGCAGCUCACUACGGCUCCGUUUAUUCUUUGGAGCAGACUGCUGUGAGCCUCGCCUAUUUCUUAGGUCCAUUUGCUGGUGGGGAGUUGGUAGAGACGAUCGGUUUCUCAUGGCUGAUGCGAAUAGUGGGGCUGCUUAACAUCCUCUACUGUCCCCUGCUCUUCAUUCUCAUCUUCCGAGAAGCCAGGCAAACAAAGAAGGGAAGUAUUGUGGAUUCAAGCACAUGGCUUAUGAACUAUCAAAGUAAUGUGAACACUUCUCAGUCCAAGAAUUUUGCCUACAAACAAUUCACUGACGCAUCGGAUAGCGAAUGAUACAUUGAAAUUUGAUUCAAACGUUUCAAAGCGUAAAUGAGAUAAUUAAAUAAAUAACAAUCAGAAACUGCCAUUGUAUUUUAAUGAUCGUGCAGAGUUAUUACUUGUUCAUAAGAAUUAUUGUAUUUUCCAAAUUGUUCUUGUUGUAAAUAUCUAUGUAUCUGUGAAUAAAUGUGUGAAUAAACCAGCUUGUUUGUCAAUUGACAUAAUAAACAUGGAUAAGAUUACUG